GACUCACUUGGUGCCAACAAGUAAAAGCAGUAAGCGCCACAUUGUUGGAUAUUGGUUACACGCAGCACGCAACUCUAUGGUUUCGUGCGAGUAGUGCGCCGCCGUCGGGAUGUGUAACACGUCGGUGUAAUUUCGUGUACAUUUGACUGUUUGACGGUAGUCGUUGUUAGCCAUUCAAGUAAGAAACAUAGCGGAAGGAGAUUGUUACUUGUGUGAGAGAAAAUAUCUUUCUAACGGAAAAUGGUUGCAGUAAAAGGUCGAAAAAGUUCAAGUAAAAAUCCUCCUAUAUUCAGUCAUGAGUUUGUUAUUCAAAAUCAUGGAGAUAUCGUUUCUUGCGUGGCGAUGAUCUUCGUAACGGGUUUGAUGGUGCAGGCAACAUCACCAUGGGCAUAUACAUUUAUUGCUGUUCAUCAUAAUAUAACAUCUGAUACAGAAGAUCCAAGUGCACCACUAAAGUAUACUACUGGUUGGAAAGAUGCUUGUGCCGUAUUUUUUUAUUUUUUGAUAACUAUUGUGAUGCAUGCUGUAUUUCAGGAAUAUAUUUUUGAUAAAGUUUCAAAACGUUUACAUCUGAGUAAAGUAAAACUUGCUAAAUUUAAUGAAUCUAGCCAACUUGUCCUGUUUUAUCUUUUGUCCGCUAUAUGGGGCAUUGAUAUAAUUAUCAGGGAAGAUCUGUUAUUAAAUAUAACAUCAUUAUGGCAACAAUAUCCUGUGCCAAUGUCUUUCUCCUCGAAACUAUUCUUUAUAGGACAACUCUCGUACUGGUUACAUUGUUAUCCUGAAUUAUACUUCCAAAAGAUAAAGAAAGAAGAUAUUCCCCCUCGUGUUGUACAAGCAACUAUUGGAAUAUUAUUCACUCUUGCAGCCUAUGUUUUAAACUUUCAGCAAGUUGGAAUCCUAUUAUUGGUCCUUCAUUAUGUAGGAGAUGCUAUGCUUCAUGGAGCUAGACUAGUUCAUUUUGUUGGUAAAAAAGAAAAGAUGACAAAAAUGGCUUUCUUCAUUGCCAAUUCAUCGUAUGUUUUUGUACACGUUGCAACACUGGCUAUUGCAAGUUUAGUGUUUUUAUAUGGCUUAAGUCAAGUCGAAAGCUCAUUCGAUGUGGCUACUGGGAACUUUAAUAUUCCGGCUGUGCGAUUUUCAUCCUUAGGUAUUAUUGUCAUGUUCCAAACUUACCUAGCUUAUGUAUUUAUUAAGAGGCAGAUUAAACGUGCACGUGAAAACGUGGUCCCAGUACAAACAACAGUGAAGUCAAAGCUGAAGUCAAAGAAGAAAGAAGGAAAAAAAUCGGCUGUAUCCGAAGACGAUGAUUUGCCAGAGGUCGAUCAAGCGACCAAAAAACACCUUAGAUCUCGUUCAUCCGCGAAAGCAAAAUAAAUAUGUAUUUAAAAGGAACUUAUUCAAGGCUAAUCAAACAUCUAGUAUAAUAAUAUUAGUAUUUUGACGACAUUUUUUAUUUUAAUAUCAUUUUAAAACAUGCACCAUUGUACAAUUGUCCCACAACAUUAACUGUAGAUAAACUUUAUUCUUCCAAAGGGAGAAGUAUUCGAAGUACUGUAUAUAAUUUUUUAUGUUUAUUAUAUGCGUUAUGCACAGAGAUUGCGUUAUAUUACUGUUUUAUAUAUAUUUAGUAAUGUAUAAGUGUGGUUUGAAAAUAUUUUGUAUAGAGGAAAAUAUGAAAAAAGUAACACAUUUCAAUACAACGUAUAAAACAUGAUGAAUAAAAUCGUACUUUACGGGACAACGAA